AUGGAAGGCCAACAGAAGAGUCAACAGAUUAAUAGAGCUGGCUACCGGAAAAUGCAAGAACCUCCAAAGAGCAUUGAAGAAUUCUUAAAGUUGCAAAACUGGGAUUAUUGGCCAAAGGAUAUCUAUUUUACAGAUGAUGAUGAAUGGUCACGUACUCUGAACAGAAUAAAAGAAGAUAGUUCAUUUAUUUCAAUUUAUACACAUCUAUGGGAAAAUGUCCCUCAAAUAUUUGAAUCAAUCAUAGUCAUGGAGUCAAGAUUAAAUGAAUGUUCACUUCUUUUACAAAACCAUGCCUCUAAAAUAUUUGAGUGGACAAGCCUGGUUUCUGAACCAAGUUCCUACAGAAAAUUGGAAAAAUACAGUACAUUUCUAAAGAAGUACCAUAAGAAGAAAAAGAUAAUGGGUUGCAACUUCACAGGAUUCAAACCAAAUGAGCUUACUCAACUACCCAGACAUUUGGAUGCUGAACAAAUUUAUCUUUUUAUUUUAAAAGCUCAUAACUUUGAGCCUGACAGAGAAAAUCAAGAUUGCCUAUUUGAUAGAAUUUCAGAAAGUUAUGUGAUACUUUUCAUGAGCAUACCUCUAAGUCGAAAGGAUGCAUUCUUUCAGGUAUAUCCUGAUUGUUUGGCACAGGCUAUCUAUGCAACAUUCGUAGAGGCAUUUCCAGAAUCUAGUAACCUCUUUAAUGAUGAAUUUAAAGAAGAUCUAGGGAAUAAUAUUUUUCUUUGGUUAUCAGGUUUAAAACCUCAAAAAGGCUUUUGGACCCACUGGAAACUGAAAGAACUCUCUACAACAACCAUACAUGGUAGCAAGAAAGCGCCUGCAAAAUCAAUAAAGGAAAGGAUUGCAAGCAGUCAAGAAUGCAUAUCGAAUACUAUUGACUUCAACAUGGUAAAAAUUUUAAAGAACCCAAGGGCACACGCAAUGUCCACAUCUAAGGACGAGUCAAGAUUAUCAAGACUAACAACAAAGUCCCAUUAUACUAGCUAUGGUCCAGAGUUUAAUCGUGUUCUCUUCGAUUUUGGAGGUCAGAGUCCACUGAUUUUAUAUUAUCUCAAAAUGCAUGUGGUAGGUGGUGUUCCCAAAGUCCCUAAACACACCAAGAUUAAACUCACUGAAAUAUUCCAAGAACCAUCACCUGCUCCAACAUACCAUGAUAUUAUAAAGGAGGCAAAAAGACAACUUGCAAGGAACCAAAAGGAUUUUAGGACACUCCAAGCAAAGGCUAUCAAGAAACCUUAUGAAGUACAACAUGACUUUGAGAAGUUUCUACAUAAACUGCGUUCUGAAACUCCAGUUGAGAGAGAACUGGCAUCACUGUCAUCAUCAUCAUCAUCAUCAUCAUCAUCAUCAUCAUCAUCAACAGAAGACUACAACUUUGAGGAAGAAGAAUGCUAA